GAAAGGAUAUGGAAGGCAGAAAACGUAAUAAGAUUCCCAAUUCUUGGCCGUGGGUCUCGUAGAAACUUUUUCGACGGUCAUCCAGCGAACAUCGACGGUUUCCCGCCUACAAAAGCGUGUAAUUUCAUCCCUGGUCCUCUCUUGCGAUGAAGCAUUCAUUGGUCAUUGUGUUUGCGGUGGUCCUCCAUGGACUAUGGCGCUUGCCUUGCAACGACGCUGUCCCCGCCGAUGACUUGAGUACAGGGAUAGACACAAUAGUGGAAGGCUUUGGCAACAAUGUAAAGGACAUCGUUUCGUCGUUAUUCAACACCACGUCCAGUGUGACGUCGGAGCUGACGGUAGUGGUUAACAAUAUCAAUAAUUGCUUGAUGACGAUCUUGGAAUCGGUCAAACACGUAGUGCAGAUAGUCGUUCAUUGGGUCGUUUCGACCGUUGGUUCGAAAAUCGGUUCGCUCUUUGGACUCGACGGGUCUAUGGGCUUCCCUUCCUCCCUGAGCUCCGUCUUCGAGGGAUUCUUGUCGAAUCCGAUCAAUAGCGUGCGGGAGUGGCUGUCGAUGAGCGGGACCAACGCGUUGCAGAUUUUCGUGAAGUACAUAUCGGUGUUUGUACGUUGGCUCGAACACUUUAUGGUCUCUUCAGGACUCCCCUGGCUGCACAGCGUGUUGGACCGGAUCGAAUCGUCGUACAACGUGCCCUCUACCGUUCCAGGCCUGAUCGAAUCCUUCAACACCUUCUACAGGACCCUCUAGCUGUUCGGUUAUGUAGGGAUGUGAAAAUCUAAUUUGGAAGCUGUAAAAUUGAACAGCGCACAGUAAGAUUCAUGGACGAGACACUGUCGAAUUAGAAAAUUCAA